AUGGCGGGCCUGGACGCGGGCGGGGCCGUCCCCGUGUGGCUGGCGGAGGAGGACUUGGGCUGCAUCAUCUGUCACGAUCUGCUGGCCUGGCCCGCCACGCUGCCCUGCGGCCACACCUUCUGCCGCGACUGCCUGGUGGACCUGUGGGACGCGAGGCGCGGCCGGUUCUGCCCCACCUGCCGCAAGGGCGCCCCCGGGCCGCCGCAGCUACGGAAGAACACCAUGCUGGAGGACCUGGCCGACAAGUACAGGCGGGCGGCGCGAGAGCUGGAGGCCCCGAGCCCGGACCCCGGCCCGGAGCCCGGUCCGGCACCUCGCCCAGCGCCCGUAGCUGGGCGCCCCACGGCGCAGCCGCGGGUGGAGGCAUCAAAGAGCAUCACAGAAGUUGACCAGGAGCUGGCAAAGCUGGUGGAAUGGCUUAUAGAUAUUGUCAGGAACCUUCAGAGUCCGAGACACCGCCCAGAAUCUGAACCAGAUAAAGAAGUGAGCAUUCUGGCUGUGACUUUGUUGGAAGGGGUGGAUGUUUCCUUGGCUUCUCCCAAACUGAGUUCCAGCCCACCUGAGCGAAAAAUGAAAGCUAUUCUCCAUGACCUAGAAGAGAUCCAAGAAAAAUUACGAGAAAACUUCACUCAGAAAGGGGCCCUUGAAGAACAAACACAGGUUGAACUCCCAGAAGUUCCAUCUUCUUCCUCAUGCCCACCGCCUGACCAGAGCCGCCUUGCACCCAAGAAGGCUUCCUCGUUUGCUCGAUGGGCCAUCAGUCCAACCUUUGAGCUUGGGAGCCUCUCCUGUAAUCUCGCGGUGUCCACGGAUCUCCGGACGGUGACUGUGUCUACCUUCCCAAAGCUCAAUUCCUGGAGCCCUGAGAGGUUUGCCUCCAGCCAGGCCUUGUGUUCCCAGGCCCUCUCUUCCGGGCAGCAUUACUGGGAAGUGGACACUCAGCACUGCAGCCACUGGGCAGUCGGGGUAGCUUCGCGGGGGAUGAAGCGUGACCAGAUCCUGGGGAGGACCACGGACUCCUGGUGUGUGGAGUGGAAAGGGACCAACAGGCUCUCUGCGUGGUGCAUGGUCAAGGAAACUGUCCUCGGCUCAGACAGACCUAGUGUGGUGGGCAUCUGGCUGGACCUUGAGGAGGGAAAACUUGCCUUCUAUUCCAAGGCAGAUCAGGCGAAGCCUCUGUUUGAGUGCCCAAUCUCUGUCUCUUUUCCUCUACACCCUGCCUUCUGGCUGUAUGGCUUAUGCCCUGGAAAUUCUCUGACUAUAAGGCAAAUGAAUGUGUAA